UGCCUUGGAAACUGCUCCCAAGAGAGGAGAAUGGCUGCUGGCUACCUGCCCCCAUGGCCCCAGGAGUUAGUGACCUUGGAGGAUGUGGCUGUGGACUUCUCCCGGGAGGAGUGGGCGAUGCUGGAUUCUGCGCAGAGGAGGCUCUACAGAGAGGUGAUGCUGGACACCUGCGCGAACCUGGCCGCCCUGGGAGCCUUGAAGAACCAAAGUUCUGAUAUAGGCAUUGACGAUGGCACACUUUCCCCAACACAAGCCUCUCCGGCCACCAGUCCUUCCCCAUGGGUGGGGUGUCCACUCUUUUUACCAGUGGUGCCUUCCCACUUGGAGCCAGGAGAAGCCAUGUGGAUGGGGCCACAAGGGACUCCCCAAACCUCCUGUUCAGAUUUGGAGACUAGUCUGAAAAGCCAAGAGUCAAUUUAUAAGAAGGUGGUUUUGGAGGAAGAACCAGCCAGUGGUAUGAAUAUCAUAAAGCUCCCCAGAGAACACUGGGCAUGUGGUCAGCUGGAGGAGAACCAUGAAGACUCCCACGGGCAUUUGAGGCAAAUGGCAUAUACCCAAGCAGAGGCAUUUGCUCCAAAGGAGACCACUGCCGGGCGUGAGUUUGGGGAAACCUGUAGUAUGAACUCAGACCUUGCUUUAUCACAAGGAGGUUUUGUAGGAAAACAUUUCCAUGACUGUGAUCUUGAUAUUGAGAGUUUGGUAGCUGAUCUGUUCUUAAAACAUCAUCAGAUGGGAUACUCAGACCAGAGGCCCUGUGAAGGGAAUGAAUGUGGAAAAGACAUCAGCCCAAACAGUCCCCUUGUUCAACACAAAAGAACUGGAAUCUGUAUGUAUGCAGAAAGUGGGGAGUCAUUUAAUCAUGGUACGGCUCUUACGACACACGCCACAAUUAAUACGGUGGGGAAACCCUAUGAAUGUUACCACUGCGGGAAAAUGUUUAAUCGGAGGCAUUCCCUGAGUGAACAUCAGAGAAUACAUACAGGAGAGAGACCAUAUGAAUGUCAGGAAUGUGGGAGAGCCUUUACGCACAGCUCAACCCUCACACGACACUUGAGAACUCAUACUGGAGAGAAGCCCUACACGUGCGGUGACUGUGGGAAAGCCUUCAACAGGAUUUCAUCUCUUACCCAGCACCGGAGGAUUCACACAGGGGAAAAGCCCUAUAAAUGCAAAGACUGUGGAAAAUCCUUCUGCCAGAGUUCUUACCUGAUCUUGCACAGGAGAACACAUACUGGUGAGAAGCCCUACGAAUGUAAUGAAUGUGGAAAGGCCUUCAGUGAUCGCUCCUCACUUAACCAACACGAGCGAACUCACACUGGUGAGAACCCCUAUGAAUGUAAUCAGUGUGGAAGAGCCUUCAGCCAGAGGUCUUCCCUCGUUAGGCAUGAGAGAACUCACACUGGAGAGAAACCGUAUAGCUGUAAUGAAUGUGGGAAAGCAUUCAGCCAGAGCUCAUCCCUCAUCACCCAUCAGAAAACUCACACUAGUCAGAAAACCUAUAAAAUAAUUGAUUGUGGGAAAGCUUUCUAUCAGAGCAGCUACCUUAUUGGAUUUUAG